AAAUACUUCAAACAUAAAGAAUACCUGGUGGGAGAAAAUGCCAAAGGCACUGUACUUCCCCAAGGAGCCCACAGUUUCACGUUUGAGCUUAAAUUCCCACAGGGGGACUUUCCGUCAUCCUUCAAAGGGGAAUAUGGAAAGAUCGUCUACAUCCUUGAAGCAAAGAUGUCGAGGAGCUGGCGAAUGGCCUCGAACGCACAGAAAGAGCUCAAAUUUGUGUCCAAGUCCUUUUCCCUCCCUGGCCAAGUAGCGUGUCCUCAAUCUGGUUCAGUGGAUAAAAAUGUUGGGGUUUUCUCCAAAGAAAAGGUCCGAAUGUCUGCUACCAUUGACAAAAACAUUUGCUCUCCAGGUGACACUUUAUUUGUUGUUGCCACAAUCAGCAACUCCUCUUCCAAAACAAUGAGGGCCAAAUUCAAUUUACUGCAGACAGCAGUGUACCGCGCCAGUGGCUCCACUACUUCCAGUGAGAUAAGUCUGUGCAAAAUGGCUGGGGACAAUAUCCCACUGAACUCUGAGGAAACUGUCUCCUGCCAACUGAAGGUUCCUGACGAUGCCAUCUACACUCUCCAUAAUUGUGAAAUCCUCUCAGUUGACUAUUGCGUCAAGGUGUAUUUGGACAUUAGUUUCGCCAUUGACCCAGAGGUGGUAUUUCCACUGAACAUCGUUCCUUCUGGCUUUGCUAACCUUCACCCUGGUCAGGCUAUGGGCCCUUACCCAGCUGGGGCUGUUGGGGCCCCAAGUUACAGUGACUUCCCUCCCCCUGCCUUCCCUACUGGUCCAUAUCCUAUGCCCACAGGUCCAGGUACUUAUGGAUACCCAGCACCAAAUCCCACUCAACAUCUGAACCCAACAAGUGGCUACAAUCAGUGGCCACAACAGCCUGCUCCGUAUGGCUAUCCAAAUGCAGCUUUCCCACCAGUGCCGUAUCAAGCCCCUACUGCUCCACCUAUGUUUCAACAGGGAGAACAACCUCCAAAUUAUAUGUCCCUUUUCCCCCCUUCUAAUGGCACUUUCAAUACGACUGGGUCAGAUCACAAAAGCUGAGCUUCAAAAGGGAACACGAAUGGGGUGGAGAGAUUCACCUGUCAGUGCACAGCGGAGGAGUUUAGAGAAGGGGAAGUCAUAUAAUGGCUGGGUGUGUUCUGUUCACAUCCUUUGUCUGACUCCAUGCUGCCACACACCAGUAUGUUUGUCCAUAAUGAUUCUGUCAAUUUAUUUUCAAUAACUUAUUGUUUAUAUCCUUUGAAUUAUAUAUGCAAUGCAUCCUAAUUAAAAUGUAGCGUAUGUAUCUGACUUCCUAAUAGAUCAUGAUGUUUUGUUUUGCAGCUGUUUGACAUAUCGACCUCUAAGUAAGGCACAGUUAUAUGGAAGCACAUUAUGCACUAUGCUGGAUCCACUUAGUGUAGGCCUACUUACCUGUGAGAUAAAGCUGACACCUGUAAGUAAGAAAAACUGUUUAAAUUUAGAGCAGAAAGUGGUCGUAUAUUUUGUCGUCCUGUAUUGACUUUCUACAAGAAUGAUCCUGGUGAAGGCUUGAAAGUUCUUAACCUUAGUGGAUGCAUUAAAGUCCGCGUGAAACGGAGACAGAGAGCUAUUUGCUUCUGCACAUUUAUGUAUUUACUGUAAGAACAGGCAGCUGUGCAAAGAAAUUAAGUUUUUGUUAUUUUCUUAGCAUACAUUGUUAAAUAGGGGUACAAUAUAACUGAGGAUGCAGUCUUAAAGGGUUAAUAUGACAUUUUUCAUUGCACCUGGACUUUAAUAAUGGAAGCUAACUUAUGUACUUUUGUUUAUUAUUCUUAGUUUUGGUGUCAGUUAAUCAAGGAAAUGUAUGUAUGUAUUUGUUUAUGCAUGGCAAUAUGUUUGUUAUUGUACAAAAAGCAUUUAUUCCUCCAUCCAUUCAUCUACCCACUACUUCACUUAAUAAAUGAUUAAGCGGC